AUCGUCCAUGGUAUCAGAUGUCCUGGGGUCCACUGAAAUUGAGCUGAACAUUCGAACGACGUUCCUCUUCACUAAUGGACGAGUUGUUUGGAAGGGCAUACUGACUGACACCCAUGAGCCGACAUUUGUGGGCUCCAUCCCAUCAGUUUAUGAUACAACUUCUGUGCAGUCCUAUUGAUCCCUCAUUCACUCACUCACCCACACUCACAUACACAUACUGGACUCAAUCGAAGAUACAAAAAGCUCCAACUUGAAGUUGAUGUCGAGCUCGGUGUUGGAAGGAGUCAAAACUGUUUAGUCAUUCGUUCCACUUGCUCACACGAAACGAUCGGAAAGUGGAAGACAAAUAAAUGCUCAUCGAAACGACAAGACAGACAGACGUUCUCCACUCAAGAUGGCAAGUUCAAAUGCCUCGGCCUUGUACAAUUCCAAUCAAGUGGUUCUGAUCGGCGCCUCGGCCACCCUGCUCAGCGUGGCCACGAUUCUCGGCAACUUGUUGGUCCUGGUCAGCUUCAAGAUGGACAAACGAUUGCAAACCAUCUCCAACUACUUCCUCUGCUCAUUGGCUGUGGCAGAUAUCAUCAUUGGGUCGAUCUCCAUGCCCCUGUUCACCGUGAAUGUGAUCCAGAAUGAAUGGCCCUUCGGAGCUGUUCCGUGCGACAUCUGGUUGUCGGUGGAUUACCUCGCUUCCAAUGCUUCGGUUCUCAAUUUGCUGGUGAUUAGCUUUGAUCGGUACUUCUCGGUGACACGGCCUUUAACCUACCGAGCCAGUCGAACCACGAGACGAGCGGCUCUUAUGAUUAUCUGGGCCUGGGGCCUCUCGGCCAUUCUCUGGCCUCCGUGGAUCGUGGCUUGGCCUUACAUUGAGGGCGAACGGACGGUGCCUCAGAACGAUUGCUACGUGCAAUUCAUCUACUCCAACAAGUUCAUGUCCAUUCUGACCAUGAUGGUGGCAUUCUUCAUUCCUGUCUGCGUUAUGAUUGGAUUGUACCUUCGCAUUUGGUGGAUCACCGUCAAGCGACAAAAGAACUUGUUCCUGCUUCAAGGAGGAAGACUUCGUCAAUCCAUUCGAUUUUCUCGACAAAAGCCAGCUGUCUGGAGCGCUAGAUUGCGGCAUUCGCGUUUUUGCUCCAGUUCCACGUGCUGUUUCGGUCAUAGAUCAUCCUUGGAAGGAAAUUUGUUCCCAAACCACCGAGGCCAAGUACAAGAACCGAUCUUCAAUAUUGCGACUCUGGAGAACCGAAGUAAAGAGGAAAGUUCCGACAUGUUGUCCUCAUUUCGCUGCUCUAAUCCAAAGGUCGAAAAUGUGGCGACUAAGGUAACAAUCCAGGAGAACAAAGUUUUUCCGCCCGUUCACCGCCUGAGUGGCGCGGAAGUCGACAAAACCCACCCAUCCAUGGGUCUAAGUAAGGAUGAAAGAGAAAAUGAGGAAACAAGGCCAUCGAAAACACCCAACGACCCAUUGAGGGCAUCUCUCCCCUGUGACCUUGAGCAACGACCUUCGAGCAAUUAUGUCGAUAGCGAUAUGACCGAAGAGGACGACCACGGGUCAACUUUCACCAUACUGAUACGAUUCCCCGCUUGGGGAUACCCUCAAUCAAAGUGUCCCACCAUUCAAAUGAUUGGAUCCCCCGCCGAGAUCAAGCCUGGGACCGACUUCGAUUCCAUUUGGACCAAACUUGGAACGAGCUCGGAGAGAUUGAACGCUUCCCGGCUGGAUUUAUCGAUGGGAAACUCUUGUGAUUCCAAUUCACGAUCUCCUUCCCGACCCUCGUCUGAGCAACAUCGUGCUCGGCCAUCGCCCCUGGGUGUGGUGCACCCGAGCAACAAACGACAAGAUAAGAAGGCAGCCAAGACCUUGAGUGCCAUUCUUUUGGCCUUCAUCGUGACCUGGACGCCUUACAGUGUGUUUGUGAUAGCCAAUGCUCUCUUGGGCAAAGCGAUGGCGGAUCAUUUCAUUCCCAAAAUCCUUUGGCAGUUCGCAUACGCUUUGUGCUACAUCAACUCGACGGUCAAUCCUAUUUUGUAUGCCCUGUGCAACCCGAAUUUUCGCCAGACCUACAUUCGGAUUCUGUCCGGCCGAUGGUGCGCAGACAGCUAGCUAGUCACGCACUCACUCACAUGGUAAGUUGGUAAGCUAUCCUGGCUGGCUAUGGAGUGGGGAGUGGGUCCGAUGGGAACGACUUUGGCUCAACUCAUAUGGUAUACAGAGAGCGUAAAAAACAGAAUGCCAACCGACCCCUCGAGCUGAUGUUCUUUUUGUUAUGUAAUACAAUGAACAUUCUCGCA